AUGGAAGCAGACACACCUAAAAGAGGAUGGCGACGACCAUCCGCGUCCCAAGCGCCUCCCAUCCUUGCUGCUGCUCCAGCCCACGCAGAUCCCCGACCCCAUACGGCCGGAUACAGCGCCACAGCUCUCCGCCAGCUCAACCCGUCCACUCCGACUUUGACUUCUAACCGGUCCGAUCCUGACACUCACUCCAUGCCGGCUAGCGGGCCUGUACUUGUUACAGCGUACUCGCGCGAUGCACAGGUAAACUCGAGGCCUGCCAUGUCCCGCCGCUUCUUCCCUUUCUCCGGCCUUAGAGUGUCUUCAUCUUCAUCUUCUGCUCCUCGUCAGCCGAAUAUCCCUCUGCCUUCUGAUAAGGACUUCAGUAUCGAAAGUAUACUACAAGCCAUCGAGCCCGAUAUUCGCGACACACUGGAUUCGAUAGCUGACAUCUGUGGCCGGAGCAAGCUCAGCCUGUCGAAUCAGUACGGGAGCCACAUUGCGCCGUUGGGAGAAAUUAUCGCUCCGCCUGAUGGCCUGGGCGCCGUCGAGGAGGCGACUCCUGAUGUCGAACAGCCCCAUAUCACCAUUGUUGAUGGGGACGAUAUGGAUGCAGGACUUGAUAUGCAUCCGUUCUCGUUUUACCGGUAUCUUGAAAAUCUACGUACAGCUUCCGUGCUGGAGAACGGGUGGCCGCAACAGGGCCAAGCGCAUUCACAUUCACCGCGCUCGCCGGGGAUGGACUCCGAGGCUGAAACGGUGUUUGCGAUUAGGCCCGAGCCAGUAUCUGUUCCGUCGACGCCUUUCGUGCGCGAAUUCGCUUCCAGGCCUAAUCAUACGGGCUGUGACUUGCUAGCGAAGAAUGCUGCUGGAACUGGUCGCCGGUCCUCGGUUCUUAUGGCUACGCCUGCUGUUGUCUCGGAAGUACAUUUGGAUGCUAGCGCUGAUGAAGGGUCGUCUGAACUUGACCUCCUUCCUGGGGCUGCUCUCAGUUCCGAGAGAGCUGCUUCUGGCUCGGGCUCGGAAAUUGUCCAGUCGCUGCUUGAUUGGUUGAAUUGGACUCCUCGUGUUGCUGGGCCAGCUUCUACGCCUGUAUUGCAGUCUGCUGAAGGUCGACUGCGCGCUAUGCUUCGCGUGGAGAGUGUGGAGAGUGAGGGGACGACCUCGACUGUUACCUGA